GAAAUACCUGGGGCCAAAGCACUGCCUGAUAAAGCCUUCAAGACCAAACUGUAUCAGAAAAUACUGAAGAAUUAUAGCGAGUUUAAACCACCAAUGGAGGAGAAGAACUUUGACAUUCAUGUUCUUGAGAUGGGUUUUGGUGAAGUGGGUAAAGAGCCCAUUGAUAAUGUUCAUUUCUACAGCAAGAAUGAGCCAAACAGAGCCUUCAAGAUGGAGAAGUACCAGGUGUCCAAUCUCAAGCCAAAGAAGUUUCAUGAAUUUCUUGUGAGGGUCUAUUACGAUCCAGAGAAUCAGGAGGAUCCAGAGAAUCAGGAGGAUCAGAAGAAGGUCCAGCAGGAAGCUGAGAAGUACUUUCAUGACUGGUGCAAAGACAAUAAUCAGUUUAUUGAUUUCGAGCCUGAUUCAGAUGAAAGCACAUCAGUCCAGCAGACAGCUUCAUCCUCAUCCUCAGCCUCAUCCUCAGCCUCAUCCUCAGCAGGGGCAGCACAGGAUUCAGCUCAGGCUACAUCAGCAGCAGAAUCCAAAAAUGAGGAAUCCAAAGACAAUCAAACCCCCUCAGGCAAGAUCUUCAACGACCCCAUUCAUGGUCAAAUUGUGCUGCACCCCCUGCUGGUGAAGAUCACAGAUACUCCUCAGUUUCAGAGACUGAGACACAUCAAACAGCUAGGAGGAACAUAUCUGGUGUAUCCCGGAGCCACUCAUACUCGCUUCGAACACUCUCUUGGUGCUGCAUAUUUAGCAGGACGUCUGGCAGAAGUUCUGAAAGAGAAACAACUGAAGGAGUUUGAAAAAAAACGAGAGGAAUUAAAAAAAAUACAAGAGGAGUUUGAAAAGAAACGAGAUGCGGUUGAAAAUAAACGAGAUGAGUUUGAAGAGAAACGAGAUGAGUUUGAAAAUGAAAAGGAGUUUGAAAAGGAAAAGGAGGAGUUUAAAAAGGAAAAGGAGGAGUUUAAAAAGGAAAAGGAGGAGUUUAAAAAGGAAAAGGAGGAGUUUAAAAAGACACUCGAGGAUUUUGAAAAGAAACAGAGCAAGUUAAUUGACGAGAAAGACAUCCUGUGCGUCCAAAUUGCUGCUCUGUGCUAUAAUUUAGGUCAUGGUCCGUUCUCGUACGUGUUUAAGGACAGGUUCAUCCCUAAAGUCCUAGAGUCUGGCAAUCAGUGGAAGAUUGCGGAGGCCUCGGUGUGGCUGUUUCUGGACAUAGUAGAGAACAAUAGUGACCUGAAAAAAGAGCUGAAUGAAGAUCUCACCUUUAUUCAGGAGUUGAUAAAGGGAGUUAAUACUUCAGCUAAAGGGUGGCCAGCGGAGGGCAGGACUAAGGACAAGUCUUUCCUGUAUGAGAUUGUGGCAAAUCAAUGGAAUGGCAUUGAUGUGCGCAAAUGGGACUAUUUUGCAAGAGACUGUCAUCACCUCGGCAUCCCAAACAGCUUUGACCAUCAGCGUCUGCUGAAGUCUGCUCGAGUGUGUGAGGUGGCCGGGAGAAAACACAUCUGCUUCAGAGACAAGGUGGCUGAUAAUAUUUAUGACAUGUUUCACACCAGAUACACUCUGUACAGCCAGGCCUACCAGCACAAGAUCGUCAACAUCAUCGAAGAGAAGAUCUCAGAAGCCCUCAUAGCAGCGAAAGAUAAGAUCCCAAGCCUCUCACUAAUUGCUAAAUCCAAAUUACAAGAAGAUAUCAAGAGGAAGCUCUCAAAUAUUCUAAGCAAUGGUACAGGUGCUGAGAACCCAACAACAACAGCAAUGAAAGAGUUCAUCAAACUGAGCGAUCACAUCUUUGAGGAGAUCUUAUACUCCACUGAUGACGAGCUGAAAGAUGCCCGGAUGAAGCUUGAGGAUGUUGUGAGGAGACGCCUGCCGAAGUGUGUGGGAGAGACCAGAAAAACUGAAUACAACAACAAACAAAUCUUACAGGUAAAAGAGGACAUUUUACAAUUAAUUUACUUAUUUUGGACAUAUUACAAAUCAAUGGCAUUAAU